GACUUCAACACGUUUUGUUGAUCUACUUGCGGAUGAGGACUACGAAAUGACACGAGUUCGUUAUUAAAAUACUGACAAUAAUCUUGCGAGAACAAAGUCCACCAUUACACUCAUGAACUCCUGGAUCAUUGGUUUCUGUUCACUUUGAUACUACUGCACUUGUUCUUAAAAAAAACAAUAAAAACGGUUCUUAACGGACUUAACCUGGAAGAAUAUCUCUUCUAUAUCUGUUAAUUCAAAUAAAAAAACCUAUAUUUAGAUAUACUUGCUAAAAUGAUAUGGAAUUUUGAUUGAUGACUUGGACGAAUCGGCCAAUCUUUUAUCUGACUACUCAGGUAUAGUCCGGAGGAUACUCGGCUAGUUAAGUGGAUAAUCAUGAGACUCCUCCACCAAAGAUAAUACUUCUAAAUAUAAAACAAUUUUUACCAGGACAAACAUCGGGGAAUUACUUUGACAAUCCAAUAUCAUAUUUCGAAAUAUCUGCACUUAAAAAGGUUCGUGUCGAAGUACAAGCAAAAAUAGAACUUUAGAACCUUGUUGUGACAAUAAAUUCGGUAUGAGGUCAUUAGGCACAAUCAACUCAUCAGUCGAUAUUGAUGUUCACUGUUCAUGCUUUUGAAUUUGGCGUCUGGUUUUGGUAAUGAUCAAGAACGACAAGCCUUAGUACCAGAAGGUUAAUCCAAACAUUUUGUGCUUCCAACAAAAGAGAGAUCAUGAAAGCUUUGGAAGCUAAAGUCGUCGUUUUGGGCAAAGAAGGUGUGGGUAAGACGAGCAUUGUUGUGAGAUAUGUCGGGAAAAUCUUCAGUUCUCAAGUUAGUCCGACCGUAGGGGCAUCGUUCUUCACGUUCAAAAUGAACGUCGAUAACCAUCGAGUCAAGCUCCAACUAUGGGACACCGCUGGUCAAGAGAGAUUUAAAGCAAUGGCUCCAAUGUACUACCGAAAGGCUAAUGCGGCUUUCUUAGUCUAUGAUAUCACAGACUCUAAAACAUUUGAGAACAUGAAGUUCUGGGCAGAAGAACUCGAACAAAAUAUCGACGGUCCAAUAGUAAUGUGUGUUCUGGGAAACAAAUCCGACUUGGCAGAUCGCCGUCAGGUAUCGUCUGAUGAAGGUCUAAAAUACGCAGCCAGCAUUGGGGCACUCUUCUUCGAAACAUCAGCACUUAAAGAUGAAGGAGUCUCCGAGGCCUUUCUUCGAGUUUCUUUGGCGCUCAUCUCUUUGGCAUCCAGCACAAGUACUUCCGGUAUGACCCUCAAACCGUACGACACAAGCCGACGACAAUCAGCCGACAUUACAGCUUUCCCACCUCAUCUUCAACUCCUCCGGGAUAAGAUGGUCGAAGGUGGAAGCAUUGAUGAGGACGAUGAAGAAUAUGACAAGGAUAGAGAUAGAAGGAGAAACAGCUGCUGUCCGACAUGACGAAACAUUAUUUCGGCAAAUAGAUAUCGGAAUUUUUAGAAAUACGCCUACAGUGUUGCGGGAUUGGACAGGGUUGUGUCAGAACGGUAAUAUCAUGAAGAUGGUGGAGACAUGACUGGUUUGAAGUCCGAGAUGGUGCAUGUGUCUUUAUGUCCAAUGAGUUUAUACAAUCAGGGGAGCAUUUCGUCAAUAUUUUCGUCCGACAAGUUGUCAGAUUAAACAACUUUCCCUGAUUUUGAUUUGGCCGAGAAACACUGUUACUAUGGUAACUGUAGGAAUAAAACGGGACUUGUUAGAUAAAACGUCCGAAAAGUCCUUUCAUGAAACACUCAUGGAUAUAUACUUCCGUCUUGGACCGAAAAACGUGACAGGGCUCGAACCUCGAAUUUGUGCAUCAAUAAUACCUUCCCAUGUCGCUUGGAUUACAGACGCACACCACAACGCCUUUGAUGACUGAGGCUCUUCAUGUUCCCAGAAAUAAUGCAUUCCAACUUCAUGUCUUGGAAAGCAUGAUAUGACUUUUUAUAAAAAUCCGCGGCGCCACGGAUUUUAAUAAGGGGUUUAGCUAGUUGAUCUACGUGCUAAAAAUGACUUCAAAUAUUCCCGUAGAGACAUAAAUAGAGUUAUCAAGCCAGCGUAUUUCAACCUUUCAUUUACCAUUUUUUCUUUCUUUUUUGAUCCCUUGAAAAACCAAAGUGGCGGUCACCCCUUGCCCUGUGACGCACUAGUUACAACUAUAGCCAAUUCGUAUGCCAUGAUGCGAUCUGUUAAACGGACUGUAAAUAAUAUACACCUGUUUUAAUGUUUCGAAAACAUAAGUUUUUCAUUAAUUAAAGAACAAGUCCACACCAGAAAAAAAUAAUUUGAGUAAAAAGAAAAAAAACAACAAGCAAAUUACUGAAUAUUUCAUCAAAAUCGGAUUUAAAAUAAGAACGUUAUGACAUUUUAUACUUUCGCUUAAUUUAACUAAACAGUUCUAUACACAUCCUGGUCUGUAUGUAAAAGAGGGGAAUGAAGACCUCACCCAGUCUCUAUUUCUUUUUUAUUUUGUGAAAUUUGAAAUUAUUAAGAUUUUCUCCUCAUUGUCAUGUAAAACAAAGUUUUAUUCCCAAGUUUUAUUCCUCCCUGAACAUGUGGAAUUAGCAAUGCUUUAGGUUUUAAUGGUUCAGUCAAGUUGGUCCUUAUUGUUAAAUCUGUAAAAAUGGAAAUAUUGUAAAAUUCAAACAAGAAAAAUGAGGGACAUCAUCGACGAUCUUAUUUCUGUUUCUGGUAACUCCCGUAGGAACUCGGCAGGACAGCGUUUUGCUGGUAAAAACCAAGCUGGUAUAUAACCAAUUACCUAAGAAACAUUUUACGUCUAGGUUAAUCAGUCAUGGUGGCUUACCUUAUAGGCGACAGAUAUUGCUCUCAGGCCUUUUUAUCAAAGUGGAGACAAUGGCAGAGUGGGGAUUCGAACUCACAACCUUGAGAUUAUGAGUCCAAUUCUCUAACCACUGGACGACCACAUGACCCGGUCAUUGCCAUGUCAUUGAGUUGUGCAUAUGUAUAAUUUGUAACUGUUUUGAAAAUAACUAAACAAAUUUCUUUAUUCAAAAUCCUAUUUUUGCAAUUUUCAGCGUUAUACAUGUUUGAUUUUUCUUUAUUGAUUCAAAUAAGCAUUUUUCUGGGGUGGACUUAACCUUUAAUAUCCCUUUAUUGUAUCACUUGUUUCUACCUGAAAUAAUAUCAUACUGUAUAUUUCUAGAUUACUGCAAGUAACAAUUAUUCAAUAAGCUACCAUUGAACUAUUGUUAAUAAAAUUUCACUAAAUACCUUUAUUAAUUAUAAUGAUCGAUGAACGUGGUUUGUGUUUCAGAAACCGGUUCAUUAAGUAUUAAGCACAUACAUAACUACGCAAACAGUAGGAAUCUAAAUACAUUAUACUGUAUAUUAGGGAAAAAUACAAAGGGACACUGGUGAUGGUAAUUUAGCCCCCAAAAUGCCCAAAAGAGCCCUGGAAA